AGAUUCCUCGCAAGACCCGCGGGUAAUUUCUCCAUCCUGACCGAUUCCCGCGUUGUUCUUUGCCGCUAACGUCAUCUAGCUCGACACCCUUUUAUAAAUAAACUGGAACUAUCCAUCCACAAUUCCAUCUCUUUCCUCUCUCCAAACGCGUCUCCGGGAAAAAAUGGCUCUCCAAACGCAUCUCCGGGCAAAAAUGGAUCUCCAAACGCAUCUCCGGGCAAAAAUGGCUCUCUUCUCCGUUCUCCAAGUUGUCCUCCUCAUUGCCGACGAGGUGAACUGGGCUGAAGAAGUCGAGGGCCAGCCGGCGAAAGGGGCGGAAGCCGAGAUAGAUCCAAGAACCCGGCAGAGCUGCUCUGAAGUCCAUGAGGGUGGUGUUGUUGUAGAGGAGAGUGGGAGAGGAGGAGCAGCUGAUAAAAUUGUGCUGGCCGGGAGCGCCGAGUGCCCGGAAGUGUAUGUUUCCCGGGCAGGGGUUGGCCCGCGGCUGGUGCAGCGGAGGGGUAGCAGGAAGGGCUCCCUCGGCAGUACUGAGGACUUGGAGGAUCGGCUGGGGACAAGAGCUUCUGGUGACAAAAUUCUCUUAAGUGUGACUCCUGAAGAUUCAGAAGCAGAUAAGCAGCAUCAUCAUUCACAAGCUGAAACAUCUUGCGGCGGAGAAGAUAAGCGCUCCACAGCUCAUAUCCAUCAGAACCUUCAUAUCCAUCAGAACCUUCCUGAAGAGGCGAGUCCGUUGCAUGAUCACACUGGCAACAAUCCAUUAGAUCAACAGCCGGAUAUUCCUGAAGACACCCCUGGUAGACAUGCACCUGAAACAGCCAACGCUCCUACAGAAAUCAAUAGAGAUUUAGAGUCGGGUGAAGGAGUGAGUAGCGAAGGGAGGCAUAGAGAGACAGAAGCAGAAGAAGAGAUGAAGCGUGCCUUAAAAUUUUCUUAUUUUUCAACUGGCAUUGCUGGUGCAGGAAUAGUAGGCAUUUACUCUGGAUAUCUCGGAAAUCAAACAGGACAUGCCCAUAAAAUCCAUCUCAAGUUGUGCACCUUCUUCAUGCUGGCCACCUUCGGUUGUGGAGCCAGCAUGUUUCUUCUGGCACAAGUCAAUCUUAGCAACUGCAUCUCUAUUGCAAUCUUCAGAGGCCUCAAGGUUGCAGCAUUGGUGUUUCUAACCCUUGCAAUGUUUAUUAUUUCCUUUCUUUUCCUAAAGAUUUUUUCCAUUCUUGCCUUUGUUCCGUCAUUGGUUAUAGUGAUGAUUGCAUUGUUUAUGGCUUUAUGCCAUAAUGGGCUUCCAUGUUGUCAUCACCAAGGUAAUAGUGGCAGGUCAUUCGAUCAUUCAUCCUAAACUGUCUGAAACAUUUGGAUGCUGUAGAAUUGCAUUGUUCUCAAUCCUAGCCUCCUGCAACUAUGUAAAUUAGUAUGUAUAUUGAUCCGCUAUACAAAAAGAUUCAUGAAACUUAGAUUAAGAUUA